AUGCACACUCUGACGCCCAUUGCGGCCUCCUCGCUGUCGCUGCCCACGGACAGCUACAUCUACUCCAUCACCCCAGCUGCGCCCGGUUCCUUCGCUGCCAUCUCCUCGGAUGACUCGCUGCGCGUGUUUGAUGCUGCCAACCUCAAUCGUGGGUCGGUGGUAGCACCCAAAACCCACGACGGGGGCGUCACGGCCCUGCGCACCUACAGCUCGGGGGAUGCCCAGCUGCUAACCACGGCAGGUCGGGAUGGCCGACUGAGGUUGUGGGAUGCUCGGGCCGGGAAUGGCUCGGCGGUGGUGGAAAUGGAGACGGGUAGGUUUCACACGGAAGAAAAUGACCCAACCACAAACUCAUCGUCGGCAGUGAAACAUGCUCCCGUGCUCUCGGUAGCCUGUCACGCAGAGACCAACACCGUCGUCGCCGGGACAGAACUGGUGUCUUCGCAGGCAGUCGUGGCAUUUUGGGAUAUCCGAUCUCCGACAGUGUGCCGGCUACAGUACGUGGAGAGCCACAACGACGACAUCACCGAGCUCCAAUAUCACCCGACCCGCAGCAACAUCUUACUCUCCGGCAGCACGGACGGGCUAGUCAACAUCUACGACACGACCAUCACCGACGAGGAUGACGCCCUAGUGCAGGUGAUCAACCACGGCUCGGUCCACCACGCCGGCUUUCUGUCCGAGCGCACCAUCUACGCCCUGAGCCACGACGAGCUCUUCUCCGUGCACCCGGCCACGGACCCGGACGAGCCCACGCAAGAGCCCGAGCCCGUGCACUUCGGGGACGUGCGUCAGCCGCUUGGUUGCGAGUACAUCGCGCAGCUGUGCAUCGGGGGCCAGGGGCCGUACAUUGCUGCCGGGAACAAGGCUGAUCAACGCUUGGAUUUGAUCCCCCUUGUCUCGGACCCGACAUGGCGGUUUGACCAGGAUAGCCUGUGGCGCCUCCCCGGGGCCCACGGCGAGGAGGUCGUACGCUCGGUGUAUUUGGAUGAACAGAGCCAAUCCGUGUUCACCUGCGGCGAGGACGGAUUUGUGCGGGUGUGGAAACCGGCAGAUGAUGAUGUCCAAGCUCCUGCGGAGGCGGCAAAGAGCGCACGGCCCAAGGAGAAGAGGCAGAAGGAUCGCUUUAAGCCGUAUUGA